GAUUGAUCUCUGUUUUCUCGUUUGGCUGUAUUUUUAUUUGUGUUUUGUUUCAUUUUGAACCAACUUUCUGUGAAAAAAUGAAUGACUGGAGUCCACUGGCGAAGGUGUACGACCCCCUCAAGGCUGGUAGCAUCGACAGCACCGAUGUCGAGCCCCAUGACCGAGCCAUAUGGAGGGCGAUGAAUGCCAACUACAAGCCCAACAAGGGUGUAACAGGUGAUCCUCACCUUACACUGUUCGUGGCACGCCUGAACAAAAAAACACCAGAAGACGACCUUCAAAAUGUAUUCUCCAAAUUCGGGGACAUUCGGCGACUGCGCCUCGUCCGGGACGCAGUGACGGGCUUUUCCAAGGGCUACGCCUUCGUGGAGUACAAGGAGGAGAGAUCCUUGAUGAAAGCGUGGCGAGACGCCAACAAGAUGGUCCUAGACCAGCAGGAGCUGUUUGUGGACUUCGAGCACGAGCGGACGCUGCAGGGUUGGAUACCGCGCCGCCUCGGUGGGGGACUGGGAGGAAAGAAAGAGUCGGGCCAGCUGAGGUUUGGAGGUAGAGACAGACCGUUCAGGAGACCCAUAAACCUGCCUAAUACGAUCCCCAGACCCGCUGAACGCAGGAGGGACGGAGAUGGAGGGAGGGACGAGAGACAGCGAGAUAGGGAUCCGUCUCCAGGCCGGGACGGCGGGCACGGGCGGCGGCGGGAUCGGAAGGAUGAAUGGGAGAGAGGGAACGAGCGAAGUGGAAGGGAUUAUAGUAGAGACAGGAGGGACUCCAGGCGGUACAGGGAAAGAAGCAGCGAGAGGGAGUCCAACCGUGGAAAAGAGGAAAGGAGACACUGGGACUCGUACAGGGAUUCAGAGAAGAGAUGAGCUGCCAAACCGGCUACAAGUUUGGUAUUUUGGAAAGAACUGAUUUCAUUUAUGCCAGCGUGUUUACAAUUGAGUAUUUGAGUAUUUCGCACACAUACUGGGUAUUCAUGAAGAUCUCUGUUUGUUGACCACUGACCAUGACCUCAUAGUUCAAAACCCUGCAGCUGUAAGAGCCCGUGACAUUCCUGUAUGACUUUCGACAAGAUUUUGGAGUGGGUCUGUGAAUCUGCGUCAUUUCACAUUCAAUCAAGGCGUCCCAAUUCAUUCCAAUGGUGUUAAACCUUUGUCAGGGCUCUGAAUGGGCUCAGAAUGUUGUCACAAAGUUGAAAUACAUCUGUAGCAAAAAGGGGUGACUAUAUACUUUCGACCACACAGUCUAUCUACAGUAUAUUGAACCUAAUCUUAUUCCAGCCAGAUGUUUCUUUUACUCUGGUAUAAGAAGAAAAACACCAAAACAAAUGACUGUAUAAAAUAUUUUAAUGAGCAA